UUCUUUGGUAGUAAAAUCCGAAAAAUGGCAACAUAUAUCCGAAGUAUGUGAUACGUAUACUCGACAAUGAUGUGCAUUUAUAAGUACAUCUCUGUAUAUGUGGCUUUGUCCGAUCUUUGACACAUGAUCUGUGAACUUGCGAGAGGAAUAAAGGGCAGCUAGCGCGUAUCUCAUUGCCUGUAACACUCGCACAUGAUGAGAUAGCAAUUAUUAUACCUACAUGUGAAUGUAACACGCUCGUCAUUCUAUAUCAUAGACGCGGUCGAACAUUUUUAGAAAAACUCAUGCAUACUGCACUAAAAAGAUAAAUGAAGUACACUCGGUGUAUGCGGUAUUUGUAUGGGUUAACAAUACGGCAAAUUUAGAUAGCAUUGAUUUUCGCCCACAUAUCACGUCGUUCAUCUUUGCCGUUUCCAAUAAAUCUAACCCUUAUCGACCACUUGGUGUAAUUCGAUAUUGGCGUUAAUUAGGGGAAUUGUUUACGUAUUGUUUUGGUUCAAAUUAUAUUGACGCGGUUCACGAAAAUUUCAUCUGUCCCCGCUGUUUGACUAUAUGUCAUCACAUCUGACGCAACAGAUCGGAGAUACUGAAAUUCCAGAUUUUCAUGUUAUUUCAUCAUUUUGCCUUGCAAUCUGCAUUCUUCGCGAAAUAUAACUGUAAUAACUUUAGUCUUGACCCCAUAACCCUCACGUGACUCCUCUUCGGAGACUAUCAAAAUUGACCAAAAUACGAUCAUAAUUUAGCAUUUCUUUUAUUUUUUCACCACUCUUUCAUUUUCAUGACCACGGAAAAUGCAGACGUCUAUCGGAGAAGUUUGAAAAUCACGCGUUGUGAAGGUGAAGGACUCUCCUUCCACUAUUCGUACGUCAACCUCGGUAAAACGGUCAAAAAAAUUAAAUAAUAGUCGAGCUUGAAAUAGAGCCAGUAGAAUCUCGAUUACUUACUCCGAACCCCAGAGAAAUAGUUGGGAAAUAGGAUAUUACUGUAAAUUGUGUCACGAUGUGUUAUACCUACAGAUGUGUAAGUUUUGAUUCGUUGAUGUUAUUUACGCGGAGUCUUACAUCUAUUGGCAUAAAAUGUGGAAAUACUUGUAUGAUGUGACGUAGAUCGAGCAUAAGCAAUUCUUACAAUUAGUCGUAAAAACUGUUGUUUGAAUCGAAAGCAGUUUGACAAGACGCCAAACAAGUAGUCGAUUGUAAUUGACAAUCAGUCGAAUGUAAAAUGUCAAGAACUACGAUAACAGUCGUUAAUAUUUUCUGUUCUUUUCAAAUAUCCGUAUAAUCGCCCGGGUCAUUUCACUCGGUUCAAGUUUCUUUUUCAUGAUUCUCAAAAAUGAAAUACUAAAUUAAAUGUUCCCAGAUAAAUUCUGUAUGCACUUGUUCCUGACUGUGCAUAAUAAUUUCAUUUUCAUGAAACUAGCGUUGACGAGUACCAAGUGCAUUAUAACACCGCUGCAGACGGGACGCUCUUUAGAAAUAUUCCUUGAGGAACAUUUUUGGAUUAUCGACGAAAGUAUGCAUAUCUACUGAUUCAUCAUUCGUACUUCUGACAACCAUAGAUAUGUGUUUUCCAUGACUAAAGGGCUAUCGAUCGGUACAGAUCCGACAAUCUGGAGCUGGAUACUUUCACGAACCGCGGUCAACAAGCUCUUGAGCGGCCAAGCAUCUCACCGAGCUUCUAUUUCCGGGAGCAAGCUUUAUAUAUUGAUUAGGAGGUGGGAGUUUUGUGGGAAGGGGCGUUCGAGGUCAAGGUCGCCUCGUGAGGGCGCGCGCCAAUCGUAGUUUUUAGUGCACGACUGAAAUAAUUAUUACGAAGUCUUCUAAACGAACGGGAGAGGUCACAUUUCGGAACGGCGACUCUGCGGUCGUGAUAACGUCCGUUAUCACAUUACGCGGAUAUAUAUUGGCCAAAAUUUUUUAUGUACGUAGCGAAACUUCCUAUUUCAUAAACCUAUUACGAAAUUAAAGUCAUGCGCCAAUAAUGGUGAAAACGUUAUUACGUAAAUAUUUACUCCGCCCUGAUAUACUGUCACAUCAUCCGUUGAGGGGACAUUAAUUUUUCAUCCACUGUACCAGACGGUACACAUUCAUAUUGUUUAUAUUUACAUCUUAAUAUAAACAAGCAAAACUAUCUAAUAUGAUGGAAUUGGAAUACCCCAAUUCUAGGUACACGUAAAGUAACUCGAAACAGUGGUAUUACUGCAUCCGAUUUUAUUCGUUAAUUAUUUCUUACUUUUUUACUUCCAACGAAAAUUGGUAGGGCAUACAUGUUUUGAUGUUAGAAUGUGUUUUUUUUUUACACAAAACAAUCCUCAUUGAUUGGUUUGUUGUACAAUGUACAUGCUCAGUUGCCUCAGCAUCUGUAUUACGUACAACAUUCAAUGUUCAUUGAUACACAGGAUUCGAUUCAUGAAAACUUAUCGUCGUUUAAUUAUUUAUUUUGUUUUUUCUUGAAUGUCACGUAAUCCAAGUCGAUAUACGAGACUGGUUGUGCGUGCGUACGGUGAUAAGAUAGUGUACACAGAAAUGUUACCAAGAUUUUAACGAAAUUGCGUAGACGCUUCGUAUACAUGGGAUAUGUAUUGAAGUGACAUUCGUUUUAACAUCUUUCAAAAUAAUAGUUGAUAUUUAGUCUGGGCUUCCAGAUAUGAAUGGAUACGAGUUCGACGAAACUGUACACACGCAAUGACUUUUCGUAACAUAAAUUUCCAUCAUCAAAACUACGAAGAGUUUCGAAAAAGCGAAAUGACACUUUCAGUGAUCGUCGAUAUCAACCGAUAGAUGAAUUAGUCUUACUAUGCUAGAUAUAUUUUCCAACGUUUACUCGAGAACUUUAGAAAACUUGAAUAGUCGAUAAAUAACAGCAGAAAUUUAACAUGUUGCUAGCAUAACAAAGAUCAUCAGCUGGCGACAUCUGCUCGCCGCGAUUUUAAGCCAUUGAACGUAAUCAAUCGUGCCUCUGACAUCUGAAUAGCGGUCGAGGUAAGUUAACGCUCACGAUCAGUAAGUCAGAAAGUCGCAUCCAGCGUCUUCGAAUCUUUAUUUCCACCACAAGAUGUAGCGGUGGCCCUCGUCUCGAGAUCGGUAUGUAUGAAGAAUGUGAUAAAGUCAGGCGUAUGACUGAAGCCUGAGGUUGUUACACCAAAUGAGCGUUCUCGACCCGAUUCCAGUCGGACUGAACAAUCUUUAUUGGUACAUGCGAACUCAAUUUAACAUUUCAAGUACAGAUCUGUUCCAAUUUUUCAGAGAAUGGUUCGCAUUAUAGUUGCCCACAAGGACCAAUGUCUGGGUUCGCAUCGGUAUAUAUUCUGCGAUUACUUCGACGCGUGGCCCAGUAGAUUCAUCGCUUUUCGCCUGUUGAACGCAGUCUCGUUUGAUUUUUGGGCAUUCAACUCAUGUUUUAGGAAGUUCAUCCAGUUGUGACAUAGCAAUAAACCAAUGUUUUGCAAUACAUGUUUUUCUACAAACCGCUUGAUGGAUCGUAUCAUCUCUGAAGAACGGAAUGAAGCAAACCAGAGGAAUCUGCGAGGUUGAAGAACUUUCGCGGAAAUUGAGAAUUCACAACUGGCGGUUUUUUUUUUCCUUAUUUUUUAUACCAUUAUUCUUAUUCGAUUUCGAAGAACUCUGCAUUAAUUCUCCUGUCUCCGUAAAAAAAUAGUAUUUCGUUGCAAAUGACGGGCUAUUUUUUCCAGAAAUUAUCCCGAUGAAAUUUUUAUUCGCUGUUUGUUCUCUUGACGCGUGUACCUACAUGCGAGGAAUCGUAAUGAAUGAUGAAUUUUUACCGCUACGCAUGUACUUAUAUCGGCAAUUGAAAAUUGUCAUCACAUUUUGAUCGUGGAGUCAACCCAAACCAAAACCAUGAUGUCUGGGAUCGUCUGGGACUAUAAAAAUAAUGACAUGCGGAAUGGCAGAAGGAAAAAGAUGCGAUUCGACUGUCAUGUUCUAAUCGAGUCGCGGUACAUACCUUUUCCGUGUUUCAGCAUAAUUCAGUACUGAGCGAAGGUGGGGAUUUUUUUUUCUUGUAAAAGCACAUUUGCAUUCCAAGUGAGCGCGCCAUCGCCGGAGAGGGUUGAGAGACAAACGACAAACGACAACAAUAAAAGGGAAAUUCACAAAUGGUUCAUAAGAAAGAAAAAGGAAUAAAGUCGAGAUGACAAAGGCAGUUGUCUGUACGGCAAAAAUGCGGUUCAUGUUCUCAUCCGUGAACCGAUGACCUUCAGAUAUGACCGCACCUGAACCAGGUUGUGUCCACACCGGAAUAGUGGAGAACCUUGACAUCGCCGUGAAGCAGUAGCCGCGGUUGUUCUCCUUCGGGGGUUCGGGGAGUGUGUCCGCAGGUUUCGCAUGCUGCCUAUAUACUGACAAUUUGCAGCUAUCGAGUACCGCAGAUUCAUCUGGACUCGGUAAUCUCGGACGGUGCUCACCACUCGACUCAUCUUCUUCUCAAUCAAAGAUCUACCAUGAGGAUCAGUCAUUCCAUUGGAUUGUUGCUCUUAUUUUGGACGGUCUGCUGUCGAUCCCAACGAACAGCAUUAGACGACAAUAUUGAAAUUUUGCGAUCAAUACGGAAUUUAGCUACGAUAAUCAUAGGUAGAACCAGUAGCCCGGAAGGAAGGCAAUUGAAAAAUGCAAGAACCCAACGGAUAUUACAGCCUUUGAUUAAUUCGCGUACACAGUUUCCUUGCGACUUAACCAACGCCAGAUCUCCUCGGCCACCGACUUCCGUACACAAAGUGAGACCAGGCGACAUAGACGUGAUAGCCGCGAUGGGUGAUUCGUUGACAGCGGGGUACGGAGCGAUGGCGACAGCCCUUCCUCAUUUGAUGAUAGAGAAUCGCGGCUUAUCUUGGAGUGGUGGUGGUCAGGGUACAUGGAGAGAAUAUCUGACAUUGCCAAACAUUAUCAAGGUUUUCAAUCCUAAUGUUGUCGGCUACGCACUCUCCGAUGGUUACACAACGAAUAAGGAGUCCCAAUUCAACGUGGCCGAAGCCUUAGCCAUGUCACGUGAUUUACCAUUCAUGGCCCAGACAUUGGUUAAAAGGAUUAAAAACGAUAAAAGGGUCGAUAUGAACACGCAUUGGAAGCUCAUCACCAUUUUGAUCGGUCCGAAUGAUUUCUGCUCCGAAAUGUGUUACCAACGUUCCCCGUGGUCGAUUUUGGAAAGGCAUCGUGCUGAUCUUCUGUCGACUUUUAGAAUUCUCAGAGAUAACUUACCGAGAACUAUAAUUUCCUUGACUGUCGCACCGAACUUGAAAGUUCUGGUAGAUUUUACCGGUCGAUCGAGUCUUUGUGAAAUGACGGUUGAUGUCGAAUGUAGCUGUUUAUUUGGUCUUCGGUGGCGGUACAGGAGAGAAGAAUUUUAUAAGAUCAUGCGAGAGUGGCAAAAGAUCGAUGAAGAAUUCGGCACGCUAGCAGAAUUUCAAAGAGAAGACUUUACGAUCGUAACUCAACCUUUCAUAACAAAUGCAUCCUUCCCACUUACACCAUCGGGUUUAACGGAUUUCACUUACUUAUCCGCGGACUGUUUUCACCUCAGCCAAAAAGGGUAUGCCAGAGCUGCCAACGCUCUGUGGAACAACUUAUUGGAACCUGUUGGAAGAAAGUCUAGAUCUUGGGACGAUACAUUCAAGAGGUUUCUGUGUCCAACUGAGAAAAGACCGUACAUAUCAACGUUGGGAAACAGCUAACUUCAAGCAGAAUUGAAAUUGGAAAAAAGAAACGAACAUCAUCGGGACGACGACGUAGGGCUUUGAACAAAAUUUCGCAAUCCAAGUUACAGAUGGUUUGCAACGCUUGAUUCACUUCAUAAAAUGUUGUUUGCGAAGCAUCAAAUUCAUUCGAUUCACUUUGCAACUCUCCAGUCUAGUCGCAACGCGGAAAAAACUGUAUCACGAUAACAAUCCUCCCACUGUUGCAGUUUGAAAGUCGGCAAGUUCAACAAUAAAAUCCCGGUAUCAUUACACACACUCCCACGGAUUGUAGAUAAUGCUGUUAGACCUUUCAUAAGUGUUGCGGUAAAGAGAACGUAACUGUGUUGAAUGUCGAUGAUAGUGCCUGACGUACCCUCGACAUACCCAUACCAAUGUAUCUACGCCCUGAGUUAUGCGAUGGAUCUCCACACUACGGUCCAGAUUUCAACACUGCAUUAGAAUUGCAAACGCAGCGGUAUAAUAUAACACGACGAUGCUACUUUUGUGUUUGUCAUUUUUACUUUAUUACCAACACUUUCAAACACGGAUCAACGCAUGAGCUGUUUCAUCGAUCAUUUGCCGAAAUAAGAUCGCAUAAUACACGAAUUUAUUUGUUGGUUGUUUUUCUCGUUUAUGAAUGGAAAAGCCUGAAUGGAUUAAUGUUACAUUUUUGUGAUAAUAAAACAUUCAUUUUUAAAUUA